AUGUCUUUCAGUUUCAGAGGACUUGGCAAGCCAAAUGCAACAUCUGGAAUGGGUGUUGCAGAAGAGAGCAAAACCAAGUUUCAUGAGCUUCAGAGGAAGAAAACGCAUCGUUAUGUUGUAUUCAAGAUCGAUGAAUCCAAAAAAGAAGUUGUUGUUGAGAAAACUGGGAAUCCUGCAGAGAGCUACGAUGAUUUCUUAGCUUCUCUUCCGGACAAUGAUUGCAGAUACGCUGUUUAUGAUUUCGAUUUCGUUACUUCUGAGAAUUGUCAAAAGAGCAAAAUCUUCUUCGUUGCUUGGUCUCCUUCGACUUCUCGGAUUAGGGCGAAGAUGCUUUACGCUACUUCGAAAGACAGGUUUAGGAGGGAGCUUCAAGGGAUUCAUUAUGAGAUUCAAGCUACUGAUCCUACUGAGGUUGACCUUGAAGUCUUGCGCGAACGAGCAAACUAA